AUGAUAAACCUGCAAGAUCAAACAAAGAUACUAGAUACGAAUGAAGAGAAAGAUCUCAUAAGCAAAAUCGAACAGGGAGAUCUUGCUGCCCUCAUCAAAAUUCAAUCUGAAUUAGAUGCCAAGCAGGCAGCUUCGACUUUCAUCAUCAAGAUCACUAACGGUCAACUUGCAGAGUUGCAAAAAAUCGUGACAGAAAAGAUCGCGUCUAAAAUGGAUACUACCACGGAGGAUCUGACUGAGGUAAUGGAAAUGGAAACUUCCGGCUCUGCUAAAUCUGACGAUAUGGACACAAACUAG